AUGUCGAACAUGCAGCAUAUAGCAACGGCGGAGGUAGGGUUUGGCUUAGAUGUUUACAACGAGUUGAUUCGAGCUCAGCCGAACGACAAUGCAUUUUUUUCUCCUCUUAGCUUGUUAUUGGCCUUAGCUAUGACUUUACUUGGGGCACAAGAAAAUUUUCUGACAAGUUUCAACGAAUCGUGUCAUAAAUUCUAUGGAAGUUAUCUGCAAUUAGUUGACUUCAAAAACAAAGCAUCGGAGUGUGAAUUGAUAGUGAACAACUGGGUACAACAGAAAACAAACAAUAAGAUCAAAAAUCUGAUACCUCAAGGAACCUUCAACCAACUCACCACAAUCGUUCUCGUCAAUGUUCUGCAUUUCAAGGGAAGCUGGCAUAAGCAUUUCCGCAAAAGUGCGACAGCUGAGAAAAACUUUAAAAUCUCCCAAGAUCAGACUAUUAGCGCUCCUUUUAUGAACUUCAAUAACGAAAAGAUAAAAUAUUAUUACGACGACACGCUUGAAAGCCAAGUCUUACAAAUACCUUUCAUAGGAAACACCGCCAAUUUCAUAGUAAUCCUGCCGAAUUUGACAAAAACUAGUUUGCCUGAAAUGAAGAAAAAGCUAACUUCCGACGUGAUAAAAAAAAUUUCUGAAAAAGUUUCCAACUGGCUGAAAGCAUACAUUGAAAUUAGUGAGGAGGGGGUAGAAGCGGCUGCCGCAACCGCUGUCAUUGGGAUGAGGACGAGCUCCAGGGUUCCCUCUCUCCCGCGUGUUGAGGUCAAUGCCGAUCGUCCGUUCGUGUUUCUGAUCAAAGAAAGUACUUUGGGAGCCGUUCUAUUCAUGGGCAGACUGAAGAAUCCUAAAUGA